AUGUUUCUUGUGAAAGACAAUAAAAUAAUUAACGUGCGCUCUGCAAUGGAUCCGUGGAGGAGAAGGCAGCUCUGUUUUGUCGUCCUCUCCGCGUUGUGGAUUCUCGCCUCUGCUGUAACAAGAUACUCCAUCCCUGAAGAAAUUCCAGUGGGCACCGUGAUCGCAAAUAUCGCCACGGAUUUGGGCCUUGAAGCGCACAGCCUGUUGGAAAGAAAGGUAAAGCUGGAUUAUAUUCACAGCAAAAAAUACCUAGAAAUAAACAAAGCCACUGGGGAACUGUAUAUCGCUGAGAAAAUUGACCGGGAGUAUUUAUGUCCAGCCAAAGCAUCAUCGUUUUGCUUUCUCAAGAUGGACGUGAUAAUUGAGAGUCCAAUACGCAUAUUUAAUAUCGAAUUGGAAAUUAUGGACAUCAAUGACAACGCGCCUCAGUUCAGAAGGGAGAGAAUACAACUCGAUGUUUCGGAAUCAGCAACACCUGGAGAGAGAUUUUCUAUAACAAACGCGGUGGAUGCAGAUGUUGGAGAGAACUCAAUCGAGACCUAUUAUCUGAGUGACAGUGACGCGUUUACUAUCGAAAUCCAGUCUGGAAGUGACGGGACCAAAUAUGUAGACCUGGUGCUAAAAGCAAGUUUGGACAGAGAAAAACAAGCCGUUCAUACGCUAACCCUCACAGCCGUGGACGGAGGCGUCCCUGCGCGCUCAGGUACGGCCAGCAUUAUCGUUCAAGUGCUGGACACCAAUGACAACGCCCCUCGGUUUGAUCGACAAGUCUACUCGGUUGAUCUAAUUGAAAACGCACCAAUCGGGACACUGAUUAUGCAGCUGAAUGCAACGGAUUUAGAUGAGGGUGUCAAUGCGGAGGUCGUCUACUCUUUCACUUUAUACACAUCUGAGAAUACACAAGAAAAGUUUUCUUUGGAUCCCAGCAGUGGAGAAAUAAGAGUUAAAGAUAUGAUUGAUUUUGAAGAAGUGAAGAGCUUUGAGAUAUAUGUUGAAGCCAAGGAUAAGGCCGUGAAUCCACUUUCUGGACAGUGUAAAAUUUUAGUGUUCAUCACUGAUCUAAACGAUAACCAUCCUGAGAUUACAAUAACAUCUAAUCAGUGUUCGAUUAAAGAGAAUGAACCUGUAGGAACAGUGAUCGCUGUCAUCAGUGUGAGCGACAGGGACUCUGGGGAUAAUGGUAAGGUUGUUCUUUCCAUCCACAAUGCUCCAUCCACAAUAUUACCAUUUGCUCUUAAUAAGUCAUCUGAAGACUUUUUUCAGUUAACAGUCACAGAAUCACUUGACCGCGAGGUCAAAAACAGUUAUGAUAUCACGCUUCAUGUGACUGACAGAGGGACCCCUCCUCUGACCAAUAAUAAAACAAUCAGUCUUACAAUUCAAGAUGUCAAUGAUAACGCCCCAGCGUUCCCUCAGUCCCUUUAUACCAUUCAUCUUAUGGAAAACAACGAACCCGGGAUGUUGAUUGCCUCUUUAACUGCCCAUGACCCAGACUUGCAUGAAAAUCAGUAUCUUGUUUACUUCAUCAUAGAAAAGGAGAUCGCCAACACGACAAUGUCCAUGCUGUUUUCCAUCAAUCCCGAGAACGGCAACCUUUAUGCUUUACACACGUUUGACUACGAAAGAGAGAAGGAGUUUCUGUUUCACAUCGAAGCUAGAGAUUCUGGACUCCCUCCUCUUAGCAGUAACGUGACUGUACACAUCAUCAUCCUGGACCAAAAUGACAACACGCCAAUCAUAGUUUCUCCAUGGCGUCCGCAAGGUGCUGUUAUAGAAGAGGUAAUCCCAAGGUCGAGCGAUAAAGGAUCCCUGGUAACCAAGGUCAUUGCGAUGGAUGCCGACUCGAUGCAGAACUCUCGUAUUACUUAUCAGUUCCUCCAGAUCACAGACUCCACGCUCUUCAGCCUCGACCAGUACAACGGUGAGAUAAGAACCACUCGCAUGUUCAGUUACAGAGACCCCAGACAUCAGCACCUGGUCAUCAUAGCCAGAGACAACGGAGACCCUCCUCGCUCCGCCACGGUGACCAUCAAGAUCACCACGGUGGAGCAAGUGGUCACGCAGUUUACUGAAACCACAGAGGUGCCUAUUGAAUACGACCUGUUCACCGAUCUCAACCUGUAUUUGCUGAUCGGUUUGGGGUCAGUGUUGUUUCUUCUGCUCAUUACCAUCCUGGUGAUCAUCGUGGUGAAAUGUCAAGAACCGAAACCCUCACAAGCGGAGCCUCAGGGUAGGAACAGUGUCAGCAGCCAGAGGAACUCCUCCACCAUUGCUGACUCUACUCUCAUCUCUAGUGAUGCCUACUGGUACAGUCUGUUUCUGGCAGAGACUAGAAAAGGGAAUGUGGUGGUGCGGCAGCCCCUUCCCAACGGAGCAGGGUUCAUUGUGUCAAGCAUCCCAGGAAGUGCUGCGCUGACUGAGACCAGUGCUUCACGGUCUUCCACUUUACAGGAGUCAAGCAGUGAUUUACCCUGAUCUGGACAUGCUGACUGAUGGAUUACAACCUUCCACACCAGGCUCACUGUCCAUGAGAUACAGAUUGAUCUUCUGUUUUACUGAUUUUCAGGGUUUCAUUCGAUUCAAGACUGUGAAGAAUCAAAGUUUUCACCUCUGUGUAUAGCUUCAAGAGAGCAUUUUAACAUGCUUUCAUAUUUUGUAUUAAUUCCUAUAAUUUAUAAUUUCAUUUUGAUUUUUUCAUUUAUAUUACUUAUUAUUUUCCAUGCUCUUGCAAUACUUGUGUCAGACUAGGCAUAAUGAAAGACACAACUCAGAUUAUUCAUUUACUUCUGUUGAGUUAUUUUGACCAUCGCUUCUUCUUCCACUUCGUUUUCUUCAUGUAGCCCUUUUGGCUAAUAGAAGAAUUCACUUUCAAUUGACAUUUUGGAUAUCAAGAACAACAUUGUAUGAGAGAGAGAUUCAGUGCAGCUUUGUGGCGAUUUAAGGCUGGGUCUAACAACUUUAUAUCAGCCACUUGUAACCACAUUGAGCAUGACUUUGCAUGGCUAACACAAACAAGAUGGCCUUUUUGUAUCUAAAAAGACUUCUAAAUAGACUAGUACAGAGGAAAGAGAGAAGUGAUACUUCACGACUACAAGAAGAACUGUACUGUCUGGUUCUAUGAACUAUAAGAUAGCUGGUAAAGAGAAAGAAGGUCAAGAUUGUUCAGAUAUUGAAGAUGCUCUGUUUUCACAUUGAUAAAAUGUGCUGAUGAGAAAGCUGUGAUUGGAUGAGCACAAUAUAAUGAGCCAGGCAUUGUCUUUACCUCAAAACACCUGGUUUGCCAGCUAUGUGGUGCACAUGCAUACAUAGAUUCAUGUUUAUUUUUAUCCUGUCUAACAAAUUCCAUAAACGCCUAAAACUGAUUUUCUCUGGCAAGAGCAUUUAAAUAAAUUAAUAAUAAUAAUAAUUCAAGUACUGUACACUAUUUGAAAUCCUAGGCAAACCCUAUAAAGAGUAAUAUUCACAUGAAUGACACUUUACAAUAAGGUUUAAUUUGUAUAUAUUAGUUAACAUUAACUAACAGUGAAAAUACUUCUACAGCAUUUAUUAAUCUUAGUUAAUGCUAAUAGCAACAUUUACUAAUACAAUAUUAAAAUCAAAAGUUUUUGUCUGUCAAAAUCAAAAUCAUCUGUUAUUGCAUAUUGUGUUAUAUUAUUAUAAUAUAUUAUAGUAAUAUUAUAGACCUAAGCUAACAUGAAUUAGCAAUGCACAGUUGAAUUUUUAUUAAGUAACGUUAAAGGGAUAGUUCACCCAAAAAUGAAAAUUUGAAGUUUAUCUGCUUACCCCCAGGGCUUCCAAGAUGUAGGUGGCUUUUUUUUUUCUUCAGUAGAACACAAACAAAGAUUUUUUAACUCAAACUGUUGCAGUCUGUCAGUCAUAUAAUGGAAGUGAAUGGGAAUCACGGAUUUGAGAGUAAAAAAAAAAAAAAAACAUACACAAACAAAACCGAAUUAAACCUUGCGGCUCCUGACGAUACAUUGAUGUGUAAAGACACUAAAUGAUUGGUCUGUGCAAGAAACUGAAUAGUAUUUAUAUCGCCACCUGUCUCUCAAAUGGACCACGGACACUCCUAAUUGAGACUGUAGAUAGAGUGUCAAUGGUCCAUAUGAGAGAUGGGUGGCGGUAAUGCACUUAUAGGUCUGUGAUUUGUCGUGAAGCAAGAAGAAGAAGAAGAUGCAUCACACGCAGGCAGAAGAAGAAGAUUUGAAUGUGCUCAGCAGUUUGGACAUUGUGUGAAUCAGAGUAAAUACUGUUCAGCAAUAAAUACUGUUCAGUUUCUUGCACAGACCGAUUGUUUCGUGUCUUUACACAUAAGUGUAUCAUCACAAGCCGGACGGUUUAAUUUUGUUUUGUUUGUUUAUGUUUUUUUUAACUCUCAAAGCCGUGAUUCCCAAUCACUUCCAUUAUAUGACUUACAGACUGCAAAGGUUUGAGUUAAAAAUCUCUGUUUGUAUUUUACUGAGUAGAUGCCCAAGGGGUAAGCAGAUAAACAUCAAAUUUUCAUUUUUGGGUGAACUAUCCCUUUAAUAAAGAUCAAUACAAAAGCAAAAUAUUAAUAAAUACAGUAGCAAAUGUCUUUGCUCAUUGUUAGUUAAUGUUAACUACAGCAUUAAUGAUAUUAAUCUGCCCUUAUUGUAAAGUGUUACAAUUACAUCACUAUGGCAAUUGCUACAGUGAUUUUUUGGCCUUGUUUACUGAAGUUUUUGAGAUCUAUAUUGUUUUUUUAUUAUUAUGAAGAUAAGCAAAUAUGCAAAUUCUUGUUGAUGUAUAUAAUGCUGAUUCUUAUAUGAGAACAGUGCAAUGUUUUAGGCAUUUAUUAAUUGUAGUGACACAUUUGAACAUUUCAUUACCAUUUUGUAGAUAUAAUAUCAUGACAUAAAUUAAAAAUUCCUUUCCUUUCCUUUCCUUUCCUUUCCUUUCCUUUCCUUUCCUUUCCUUUCCUUUCCUUUCCUUUCCUUUCCUUUCCUUUCCUACUGAAGUGAGUGGGAAGGUGUUAAGGAGUGAGAAUAAUACAAGAAAAUGCAUUGUAGGAGAAACAAGAUGAAAGAGAGAGAGAGAGAAAACGGCAAUAUAGGUCACUUGAAACAUGUGAUUUGUAUUUAACUUACUUUUUGAAAAGUGACAGCACAAGUAGGAGUUCCUGGCAGCAGAUUUGAGAAUUAAGAGACAAAUGACACAAGUAACAAAAAUGUUAUGUGCCUUUAGCUGUUUGCUUUAGGACAGAGAAAAGUGUGCCUGAAAAAAAUAAAUGACCAAAAAAAAAAAAAAGAAUGAAGGUCAAUAUCUUAAUACUACCAGUAUAUUGCUUUACAUCACAGUCUCAUUGACAUGCCUUGGGUUACUUAUUUCAGUAUUUGUAUUUCUGUUGCCUUACAUGCAAAAUGUCCUUCUGCAAAUGGUUAACAAUGCCUUUGUAUCCUUGCUGGAUUUUAUGAUGUGCCCAUUGCUUGUAAAUACUGCAACCUGAAUAAAAGCGUUUACAGUAUA